UGUCUUUCCACUCUUAAUGCUUUAACCCAGGAAUCAGUGCUCCUCAAACAAUGCCAAGCGACAGCGAAAAUGCCCCAAGCCCAGCAUCCAAAGCGUUUGCAGACCGUCUAGCCAAAUACGCCUACGUCUCAACCUCUUCUUCGCCUUCACCUCGGAUGAACCCUCUCAGACGCUCCACACGAUCACAAACCUCAAUUUCAGACGCCGCUAAGCCGUCUAUACCUUUAACAACAUCUCAAGAGAGGAUAUACGAUAGAGGAUCACCCCUGAAAAAAGUAGCUUCAUCCUCGUCUUCUUCCAUAUCGUUGUCCGCGACAAAGAAGCGCUCAGCAAAAUCAAUCUCAAAGGAGGACGACGAGUUUCAAGAUGUCGAUACUGAAAAAGAGACCGAUGAUGAGGAUUACAAAGGAGGGAGAUUAAAUUCGGGGAAUCUGAAAGGCGGGGGAAAAUCACCGAUGAAGAAAGGAAUCAAGAAGCCAAGGGGUUACGCUGCUCCCGAAAUGUAUGAGCAUCUCAGACCGCUGAAUGACCUGUUAGUUAAGGGACAAGAUUGUGAGUGGUACCUCCUAAACCCGUUGAAAAGGCUCCUGUAUCUGGUGUGUUCAAAAAGGGACGAUCGGGACUUGGAAAGCUAAUACAGUGCAUUUUUGGUGGCAGUGGUGUUUUGUGGUAUCAAGUCCAGGGAAAAUGUCUUCUACUUUGGGCCAUCAUUUCGCCCAUCCAACCAACAAGUUUUGGAAAGCUCUUUAUCAGUCGGGGCUUACUUCAAGAUUGAUGUCGCCAACUGAAGACUAUAAAGUCGUUGACGAGUAUAACUAUGGUCUCACCAAUCUUGUGGGCAGACCGACUUCCGAGCAAAGUGAAUUAUCUACCCUGGAAAUGAAGCUGAACACUAUCAACUUGUUACAAAAGUUCAUAAAAUACCAGCCCAGUGUCGUCUGUUUUGUGGGGAAGAAGAUCUGGGAUGUAUUUGAGAGUGUAGUUGGGAAGACGGCCGAGUUUGACGAGACUGUGAAACAAAAGGUCAAGCUGGAGGGUGAAGUUGAAAAUGGAGAAGGCAGCGGUGACGGGGGAAAAGGAAGGAGCGUGAUGACACUCGCUCCGACACCGGAAAGAGGAACGGUCAAGAUCGAGCCGGCCGAACUGGGUGAUCAGCCGUCCCUACUUCCACUCUCGGCCAGUCCAUCGAAAACCCCGCAACUUACACCGGCCCAAACUGCUUCACUCUCUCCAGCCAAAGCUAGAGCGAAAAAAGGAGCUAUCAAGCCUCCAAAAACACCCUUUAGCUUCUCCCAACCUCGUGCACUGAGAAUUCCGCAUCCUCCUGAAGACAAUGGAGGUGAAAUCAAGUAUACGUAUUUCUUUGUGGUACCGAGUACUUCGGGGCUGGAAAGGACACCUUUUCCGGAACAAGUGGCCAAUUUUGCAGCCCUCAAGGCAUUGGUGGAUGAGCUGAAAAAGGGUAGAUCCCUGCAGGGCGAUUUUCUGAAUAUCAGCGUGGAAGGUGUAGAGGGGACUGUGGAAGAUAUGCGGCGGGCAGCUAUCUUAAAAAAUGCUCUAUGAUUAAGCAUACCGCAUGGGCGUACAACUGGUUUGGAACUUCAUAUAUGCGGCCGAAUUGUUAAUAUCUUGCUGCCAUGGCUAAGAAAAUCUUUCAAUAUUUGUACAGUUAAAGACUCAGUAAGAUGAAGACGACAGCGUCAGACUGUUAUGUGCCAUGCCUCAAUGAAAGGCCUUGUAAAUGCAUGCGCCCUCCAAUCUAUCCCAUACUCAAAGAGUAUGAGACAUAAAUGAGCCUCCGGCUUAUAUCAAAGUCAGGAUUGCAAACCAGAC